AUGCAAGGAGAAAAGGAUUCCGAGUACUUACAAGGAUCCCAAGGGACAAAGUUCAGCGUUGGAGCAUUUUUGUAUGGAGCUCACAACAUCAGUCUAGGAGCAAAGACUGUAAUAGAAUCGGACACUAUCCUGAGGGGAGACAUGGCGAAGAUCAAGAUCGGCCGUCACUGCGUCAUCAAGCCACAUGCUGUCCUCCGACCGUCCUUCAAGAAAUCGAAAUCAGGCUCGAGCUUCUUCCCGAUGACGAUAGGAAACAACACUAGCAUCGGGCGAGGUAGCGUCGUGGAGGCCUUGAAGGUUGGUUCCUGUGUUGACAUCGGUGCUAACUGCAUCAUUGGAAAGAGAGCGAUCCUUAGCGACUGCUGCAAAAUCGACGACGGGACUGUGAUCCCUCCCGAUACUGUAGUCCCUCCCUUCGCCCGCAUGCGGGGAAUACCAGGUCAUAUUUACGAUGAACUCCCUGAGACAUUCGAGGGUAUGAUGCACCAGGCUACGUUCGAGUACAUCUUUGAAGUAUCGAAGAGAUCGGACUAG